AUGCCGAAAUGGGGCUGGUUCGGGCGGAAGAGGUCGGAGAGCGGGCGCUGGACGGGCCGGUCGCUGGACGCGGGGUCGCUGUACAUGUCCGAGACGGCGGGGCUGGACCCGGAGGAGGCGGAGGAGCUGCAGAUGGCGAUCGCCAUCAGCGAGUCUGAGGCCACCGACCGGUCGGCCGUGGAGUCGUCGUCCUUCACCAGCGUGCGUGAGACGGCGGAGAGCCUGUCAGCCAAGUAUUACUACCAGCAGAGCGUGGGUUAUGAGGAUCGCCUGGUGGAUGGCUUUUAUGACUGCUGGGGUGACUUCCCCGAGGUGGUUCCUAGCACAUCAAAUGGUGGAAUUUCCCAGUUUCCUCCUUUGAGGGGCUUGAAGAAGCUUCAGUUGCCUGAAGGGGACUUGCGGGAGGUUGUUCUCGUUCAUCAUGACAAAGACUCUGUACUUGUGGAGAUAGAGAGGGCAGCUGUUGAGGCCAAGUUGCGCGUAAAAGAUCAGGGCGCUAUUGCAAUGGUGCAGGCGCUGGCAAUAAUCGUGGUCGAUCAGAUGGGUGGGCCCCAGUCGAAUGAGAAGCAACUAGUCCGUAAAUGGCAGAAGAACAGUCAACGGCUGAAGAGGAAAUAUAAAUCGGCUGUUAUACCUAUAGGGAAGCUCAGGACUGGGUUGUCCCGUCACCGAGCGCUGUUGUACAAGGUGCUGGCAGACUCGUUGGGCAUCCGAUGCAAGCUUGUGAGGGGAGCCCCUUACAGGGGUUCCUCCAACCAAGCUGUGAACGUGGUGCAAAUUGGGCAGGAAAACCUGCUGGUGGACCUUGUCAGCCACCCAGGUCGCCUGCUGAGAGAGCGGGGCUAUGUUGCAAGUGGAGUUGCCGGGUCGGGUGAAGUGUUUGCACCUGCCCCAGAGAUGCCUCAGCAGCCAUACUGGCAGCCAAAACCCUCAAGGGCGCAUGGGAAGCACAAUGGACAGGAGCAGGAUGUUUAUGUCCAUCCUCCCUCGAUCACAAUGAACCAGGAUUUCUCUGUGGGAGCCCAUGGAGAAAUAGGCUUCUCCCCAGAAAGGGAUCGAAGAAAUUCUGAUAUGCACCAGGGAGGGUCAAGAAUGCACAGAAUGCAGUCAGGAAAACAUGCAAUGCCUGCGGCCCAGCAGACAGGUCCAUCGCCUUUCACAGACCUUGCUGCCUGCCCAUUUGAUGAUCGGUCUUUGAUGCAAUCUGGCCAAGAUGGGAAGGACUAUUUAGCAAGGGCAGCUUUCCCUCGCGCUGGGACAGUGAGCAUGAACCGUUUGCCCUCCACUGGCAUUGGUCGUGCAGGCUCGACGUUUUCAACAGGUUCCGUUUGGGAAAGGGAUGGCCCAGAUCGACAGAUGUCCAUAAGAUCAAGUGGUCAAUUAACUUAUGUCUCGACCUCACAAGACUUUGGACCAUUGCCAGACAGCAGUGACGGUUCGCCAACCCAUCGUGCAGCUCAACCUGGUGCAUCUGUGGAGGCUGACCUGUCGUCGCCAUUUGAAUCCAGCUCUCAAGAGCAAGGAGGCAAGGCAGAGAUAGGCCAAUCCCUCUUUGACCAGGCUGGUCAAUCAGCAUUUGGUCAAACUGCCCAAUCCCCUUUUGUGGACGCUGGCCAAUCUGCUUUCCGACAGCCUGGCCAGUCUCCUUUUGAAGGUGCUGGCCGAUCUGCUUUGGGGCAGGCGAUCCAGUCGCCCUUUGGUGAGCCAAGCCAACCUGCUGUCUUAGAUGCCAAUCUGUCAGCCUCUGGGCAAGAGAGCCAAUCUACAUUGGGACAGGCCAACAGUUCAGCUUUUGGGCAGCCCCUCUCCCAGUCGCCAUUUGGUCCACCUGAUCAUCAUGGAGUGCCGUCAUCAAGGCCUGCAGGAAAAUCUCCCUUCGAUCAUGGCCCGUCAAAUAAAGCGAUGGCCCAUUUUGAACGUGCACCCUCAAGCAAGGGCGGCAGAGCUCCCAGCGUGAAGCACAUACCGAGGCAAUCCAGUGUCAAAAAUGAAAAGGGCGAUGAUGGUACAAGGAGGCGGGGCAAGAUGGGCAUUAGGCAGCUAAGCGACACAAUUCAGGAUGUCCUUUUGGAGACCACGGCGUCAAUCAAAAAUGCAGUCCUUGAUGCAGGCACUGCCGAGAAUGACAGUUGCGAUUGGCAGAUCAAGGCAUCUGAGCUUGAACUUGAGGGGCGGAUUGGAAUGGGAUCCUUUGGGGAAGUGUACAAGGGGUACUGGAGAGGAACUGAUGUGGCAGUGAAGCGAAUCCUGGAACAAGACUUCACAGAGCAGCACAUGAAGGAAUUCCGCAUGGAAAUUGCCAUCAUGAUGAGGCUGCGGCACCCAAACGUUCUCCUCUUCAUGGGUGCUGUGACAGAGCCCCCUAAUUUGUCAAUCGUCACACAGUUUCUUCCAAGGGGUUCACUCUUCAGGCUCUUGCACAAGUCAAAUGCUGUGAUAGAUGAGCGACUCCGAUUGAAAAUGGCCGUUGAUGUGGCCAAAGGGAUGUGCUACCUGCACAGUUUCAAACCGCCCAUCAUCCAUCGCGAUCUGAAAUCCCCCAAUCUUCUUGUAGACAAGGACUGGACGGUUAAGGUCUGUGACUUUGGACUGUCACGAGUGAAGGCAGGUACUUUGGCACCAUGGUCACGAGCAGGCACUCCAGAGUGGAUGGCACCGGAGGUCUUGAGGAAUGAGCCAUCCAAUGAGAGCUGCGAUGUCUAUUCAUUCGGUGUGAUUUUGUAUGAGCUUGUAACUCGGAAGGAGCCAUGGAAGGAGAUAAAUGCAGUGCAGGUUGUUGGUGCUGUUGGGUUCAAUGGCCAGCGACUCGAGCUACCACCCAAUGCAGACUCCAAAAUCUCUCGCCUCAUGAGCCAGUGCCUGGCUCACAAUCCAGCUGACAGGCCCUCGUUCAGAGAAAUCUUGAAGUUUCUCAGGCCUCUCGAUGCCCUGCCCACACUUGAUCAGACACCGCCCAGGUGA